AUGGCCUUUUCCAACUGGCUCUUUAAACUUCGACCUGCGUGUGUGAGCAAACGUUCAGCUUCCUCAUCAAGUGAUGACAAGGAGGGAAAGGCAGAACUUUGCGUUUCACAGGGGAAAAUUAGGAUUUUCUCGGUGCGCCCUCAAUGCGGAUGGGGAAGUUGCAGGAAGCAGUUAACUGACAACUGUGCUGAACGGAUAAAGCCCGGUGACGUCGCCCCCACGUGGCUGGCUGGGUAUUUUACACUCACUCCAGGGGAGCCCAGCAGCAGCAAGUCCCUGGCUCCCACUCUGCAGCAGGAAGAUCUGGCCUCUGGAGCCAGGGAUCCAGCCUUUACUGCUUUGUUAACCACUCAAACACAAGUGCAAAGAGAGAUUGUAAAUAAACACAACGAACUGAGGAAAUCGGUCUCUCCACCUGCCAGCAACAUGCUAAAGAUGGAAUGGAGCAGAGAAGCAACUGCAAAUGCCCAAAAGUGGGCAAACAAGUGCACAUUACAACACAGUAACCCAGAAGAACGAAAAACCAGUACAAAAUGUGGUGAAAAUCUCUAUAUGUCAAGUGACCCCACUGCCUGGUCAGAUGCGAUCCAAAGCUGGUAUCAUGAGGGCCACAACUUCAUCUAUGGUGUAGGACCAGAGAGCCCUUCUGCAGUCGUUGGACAUUAUACCCAGCCACUUCCUGCAGGACGACUCACUGCACCCACAGGAGUCAACAGUGUGGAUUCAGUGCUCGGUGCCUUAGGGCUGUUCCUGCAGCUAGUGGCCCUGCCAGACGUCCUUACCAUCGGAUCAAGAUGUGUAUCUCCCUUUGGACACAGGAACAUCUUAUCUUUCCUGUUUCUGCUUAUCUCAGAGACAAUGCUAUUGGUGGGCAUAUGCCUCGUGGUAUUGCUGCAACAAGCUGCAGGAAUGUCAGAUGGCACAGUUUUAUCUUUAUCGACACAUCAUCCAUCUGUCCAAAAGGAGAUUGUUAAUAAGCACAAUGCGCUUAGAAGGAUGGUAAAUCCCACUGCUUCCAACAUGCUUAAAAUGAGCUGGAAUGGUGAAGCUGCAAAGAACGCUGAAAAGUGGGCCAAAAAGUGUACGUUGUCUCACAGUCCCCCCAGUGAGCGGAAAAUUAGCUUUACUGGCUGUGGGGAGAAUUUAUUCAUGUCAAGUAAUCCGACAUCAUGGACAGAUGCAAUCCAAUAUCUUUACAAUGAAGUUAAAAAUUUUACCUAUGGAUUUGGAAGGACUCGAGCAGAUGCUGUAGUAGGCCAUUACACCCAGAUUGUUUGGGCCACUAGCCACCAGCUUGGCUGUGCAUUUGCCUACUGUCCUGAAAAGAAGUUACGGUAUUACUAUGUUUGCCAAUACUGCCCUAUGGGGAAUUUUGUGGAAUUCAUGAAGACCCCAUAUAAAAGAGGAAAACCAUGUGGAGCCUGCCCUAAUCAUUGUGAUAAUGGGCUUUGCACCAAUCCCUGCAUGCAUGUGAAUAAGUAUGGGAAUUGUGAUGAUUUGGUCCAAAUACAGGGGUGUAAUACAAAAGCCAUGAAAGAAAACUGCCCAGCUACCUGCAAAUGCCCUUCAGAAAUAAGAUUAAAACCUCUUCAUAGUGACGUUUGUCCUCAAAAGUAAAGUAACUGCAUUUAAAAACAAAGUCACUGAAAAAAUUGUACUGCUUUCAUGUAAAAACUCAGACAAGUUUUGAAUAUCUUCUGUUGAAUAUAUCUUGUUUCAUCAAUUAAAUAUGAUAACAUCUGAAUAAAGAAAAACAGGUAAUAAAUUGAACUUAACCAGACAUUAAAUUCAAUAACUCUGAACUAUAAAUAAAAAUGUAAUACAAAAUCUAAUAAAUUCUUAGUCAUCAUAA